AUGAGCUUCGAGUCUGUGAAACGGAAAAUUCAAGUCGGAGGAAAGGAUUUUAACUACUUUUCUCUCAAGGAUCUCAACGAUUCCAGAUAUGGUAAAUUAUUGGCCAAGUUUUUGAUUUUUCGUCGAAAAAUCAAUAAAAAUUAGAAUAAAAAUAAAUUUUUUAUCAGGGGAAGUGAAGGAACAUGUGCUGUUUUGAUUAAAGAUCAAAGCGUACAGCUAUUUCUCUCCUGUUUACCUGUUUUCGUCCUUUUUUAUCUAAAAAAACAACCUUUGGAAAGAGUUGUGAGAAAAUUGGUCUAUGAUGUAUAAUAUUUUCAGAGAAGCUUCCUAUUUCCAUUAAGUACUUGCUGGAGUCGGCUGUGCGAUGCUGCGAUGGGUUUCACGUCAACAAAUCGGAUGUGGAAACAAUCCUAAACUGGGAGUCCAGCCAAAAGAAUGGCGUCGAGAUCCCGUUCCGACCGGCUAGAGUGCUUCUCCAGGACUUUACGUAAGUUUUUGACACAAUUUUGUUUCAAUUUUCAUAGGGAUUAAGGCGAUAUUGGCAAUUAUUUUAUACUUUAUACCUAAAAUUUGUAUUUUUAAGUGGUGUUCCUGCUGUUGUGGAUUUGGCGGCUAUGAGAGAUGCCGUGAAGGAUCUAGGAGGAAAUCCCGAGGUUAUCAACCCAAUUUGCCCGGUGGAUCUUGUUAUUGACCAUUCCGUUCAAGUCGAUAAUUAUGGAAAGUAAGUAAUUAGGGUAAUAUCGAAAUAAGCUUUUCUGUUCUGUUUAAAUCGUCUUUUUUUAGUCUCGAAGCGUUGAAGAAGAACCAGGACAUUGAAUUUGAGCGUAACAAGGAGAGAUUUAACUUUUUGAAAUGGGGAGCCAAGGCUUUCCGCAAUCUGAGAAUUGUCCCGCCCGGAUCUGGAAUUGUUCAUCAGGUAAACCUCGAAUAUCUGAGUCACACCGUCUUCUUCGAUGAAGACAAUUCUCUAAUCUACCCCGAUUCUGUUGUUGGAACCGAUUCUCACACUGUAAGUCGAGUUUUGAGCAUUGUGUUGGACCUGAAACAUCUCCGUAUGUUUCCGGUUUUUUGCUGGUUGUGUUUUGUGUGAAUUAAGUUAGUAUUCGUAUGUUUUAGACUAUGAUUGAUGGUUCCGGAGUUCUGGGAUGGGGAGUUGGUGGAAUCGAAGCCGAAGCCGUGAUGCUUGGCCAGGCAAUUUCCAUGGUGAUUCCAGAGGUCGUUGGAUAUCGAUUGAUUGGUCAUUUGCCGCCCGAAGCAACGAGUACUGACUUGGUGUUGACCAUCACACAAGUAAGUCAUGUUUGAUGGUUUGAAAAUUUAUUUUAAUUACAUUUUUCUCAAGUAUAAUAUAAAUUUGGCCUUAUUUUUGGUUUUCAACUCGGAUUUUUUGAUGUUAGUGUCAAUUCUGUUUCAGAAUCUCCGCAAGCUCGGUGUUGUCGGCAAAUUUGUCGAGUUCUUCGGCUCUGGAGUUACCUCGUUGAGCAUCGCUGAUCGAGCUACAGUCGCCAAUAUGUGUCCAGAAUACGGAGCAACUGUUGGAUUCUUCCCGGUUGAUAAGCGAACAAUACAAUAUUUGAGCCAGACUGGUCGCGAUCCCCAAAAAUUGGAAGUAAUGGUGGAAUAUUUGAAGAGAAAUGGGCUUUAUGUUGACUUUGAGGAUGACAGUUUUAGCCCCAAUUACACUCAGGUAAAAUUUGCUAGAUUUUGCAUUGGAAGUUAUGGAUGAUGUAAUAGUAAUGGUCUGAUUGAAUUUUAGGUCAUUGAAUUGGACCUUUCAACAGUCAAAUCUUGCCUCAGCGGCCCCAAACGUCCUCAUGAUCGAGUCCCUUUGACCUCCCUAAAGCAAGAAUUCUUGACCGGACUCACCGAAAAAGUCUCGUUCAAAGGCUUCGGCCUCUCCCCUGAGGCUGUCUCGAAGUCUGUGAAGGUUGCGUUGGACGGGGAAUCUUAUGACAUUAAACAUGGAUCAGUUGUGAUCAGUGCGAUUACGUCUUGCACCAACACCAGUAACCCUUCAGUUAUGCUUGGAGCCGGUCUUUUGGCCAGAAAUGCUGUCAAAAAGGGGUUGAAAGUCCCAGGAUACGUCAAGACCAGUCUCAGUCCGGGAAGUGGAGUAGUCACCAAGUAUCUACAAGACAGUGGAUUGUUGACUUACCUCGAGCAAUUGGGCUAUUACAUUGCUGGAUAUGGAUGCAUGACCUGCAUUGGCAAUUCUGGCCCUUUACAAGACGAACUGGCGCAGGCAAUCGAUGAAAAUGACCUUGUUGUAGCAGGUGUCUUGUCUGGAAAUAGGAAUUUUGAAGGAAGAAUUCAUCCAAAUGUCCGUGCCAACUACUUGGCCAGUCCCCCACUGGUUGUAGCCUACGGGCUGGCUGGAACUGUGAACAUUGAUUUUGAAAACGAACCCAUCGGACAAGGAACGGAAGGCCCGGUGUACCUCAGAGAUAUAUGGCCAACUCAUGAGGAAGUCGCGAGCUUUGAGGAGAAUUAUGUGAAGCCCCAAUUCUUCAAGGAAGUCUACGCUAAUAUCCAAAAGGGCAGCGAACAAUGGCAAGCGUUGACCUGCGCAGAGAGCUCACUUUAUUCAUGGGAUCAGAACUCAACUUACAUCAAAAAAGUCCCAUUCUUCGACGGAAUGGUAAGAUUUUGCGGGGAUUUGAUUGGAAGUAGAAGAAGAAUUUAUAAAGAUACUAUGGAAUCAUAAAAUUUUGGCAAAGGCCUUUAUUGUUACAUGAAAUUUCUUUUCAGACCAACGAGCUGCCCCCAGAAACCCCCAUCAAAGAUGCGUAUGCUCUAUUGAAUCUGGGAGACUCCGUAACCACCGAUCAUAUUUCCCCGGCUGGUUCAAUUAGCAGAGUAAGCCCUGCGGCCAAGUAUCUUGCCUCCAGAGGGACUCAGCCCAGGGAUUUCAAUACUUACGGAGCUAGAAGAGGCCAUGAUGAAGUCAUGGCCCGAGGCACAUUCGCCAACAUACGAUUGGUUAACAAGUUGGUGACUAAAGUUGGCCCUCAGACUCUACACAUUCCAUCCGGACAGGUUUUGGAUGUGUUUGAUGCCGCUAUGAAAUAUAAGGAACAAAGUGAGUGAAUAGGUUGACUUUGAUAAUAUAAUAAUUUUUUGGGGUUUCCGAUGUAUUUUGAUAGUUUUUUUUGAAAAUUGUGAUGUCUUUUGAAUUUCAGACCUUCCAAUUAUUAUCCUGGCCGGCAGAGAGUACGGAAGCGGCUCAUCCAGGGACUGGGCCGCCAAAGGUCCGCUUCUCCAAGGAGUCCGAGCUGUCAUCGCCGAAUCCUUCGAAAGAAUUCAUCGCUCAAACUUGGUGGGAAUGGGUAUUAUACCUCUACAAUUCCUCGAGGGCCAAAACGCCGAUUCUCUUGGAUUAACGGGCAAAGAAAAGUUUACAAUUAACAUCCCAGCCAAUGUAAAACCAGGCGAGAAGAUCAAAGUCCAAGUGGACGGAGGCAAUGAUUUUGAAGCCAAAUUCCGCGUUGAUACCGAGGUCGAGCUAACCUACGUUCGUAACGGAGGCAUUCUUCAAUAUAUGAUCCGAAAAUUGUCCGCCUAA